CGAUGGAAUUGUAGAAUGAUGCCGGUCGCAAAUCCAGUUCGCCGAGUUGCAGUCAUUGGGGCAGGACCAUCUGGUCUUGCUGCUCUGAAGUUCCUACUGGCAGAGAACCACUUUGAGCGCAUUGACGUGUUUGAACAACGAAGCUCUGUGGGAGGGGCUUGGAAUUAUACUCCCAGUUCAGCCAAAGUUGGAGUGGCGACGACUGUCCCUCAUCUGGAUCCACAUGAACCGGCGGAAAAGCCGACCUGGAUCAAAGAAGCAGACGGCUCGUCUAAAGCCGUCUUCGUAUCGCCUUUAUAUGACAGACUCGAAACCAAUAUUCCAAAGGAGUUGAUGCGCUAUUCUGAUCAGCCUUUUCCUGCGGAUGCUCAGCUUUUUCCCAAGCAUCGCACCGUGCAGCAAUACUUGGAAGAAUAUGCCGAGGCUACAAGGAGCCACAUCCAUUUCGAGACCCAAGUUGUCGAUGUCAAGUUGAAUGACCCUAAACUGGGGACUUGGGAUGUUACGACGACAAAACUCCAUAAAAGUCAAGAUCUCACUCAGACUUAUGAUGCAGUGGUCGUGGCGAGCGGGCAUUUCACUGUCCCUUUUCUUCCCGACAUUCCUGGCAUCGAAAUUUGGAAUCAGUCAUAUCCCAAGACCAUCUCGCACUCUAAAUUCUACGACUCUCCUGAGCCCUUUGCAGGCAAGAAGGUUGUUGUGGUUGGAAAUUCUGCCUCGGGGCUUGACAUCGGCGCCCAAAUAAACGGGGUGAGCGCUGGCCCGGUCAUUAUGUCGCAGCGCUCUGAGUCAUAUUUGGCUACAUCUGCACCAUCUGAUAAGAUCAUCUGCCCGGAAAUCGUUGAGUUUCUAUCACCGACCGAACAUAACCGAGCCAUUCGAUUUGCGGAUGGCCGCGUUGAAGAAAACAUUGACGCAGUGGUUUUCUGCACGGGUUAUUUCUACUCAUACCCGUUCCUUUCAUCCUUAAAUCCAACAGUUGUUACCCACGGAUGGCGAACCAAGCAUGUCUACCAGCAGUUGUUCUAUUCAGAACACCCCACACUGGUGUUUCCGGUACUUGCACAACGUGUGAUUCCCUUUCCAAUGGCUGAGAACCAAGCUGCUGUCUUCUCGCGAGUUUGGUCACAACGACUCGAGCUCCCAUCAAAGGAAGAGAUGCAGGCAUGGGAAGUUUCACAAGUGGCAAGCAAGGGAGAUAGAAAAUCAUUCCACCUCCUUCCAUUCCCCAUGGAUGCAGAUUAUUUGAACUUCAUGUAUACCUGGGCCGCGUUAGCCAAGCCACGCCCAGGCCUCUCGAACGGCGGGCAUGGCAAGCUGGGGACAUUUUGGGGAGAGCGGGAACGGUGGAUCCGUGCCCUGUUCCCCGAGAUCAGACGAGCCUUUGUACAAGAGGGAGACCAGCGAGGCAAAAUUACGACCCUAGAGGAGCUUGGCUUUAUCUUUGAUGAUCAGAGAGUCAAGAGCAGUAUAUAG